CGGCUGCCGCAGCGGCAGGGUGCCGGCAGGGGGAGCUGGGAGCGAGGCGGAGCGGCGGUGCCGCGGGGGACGGGUGGCGGGGAGCGCUGCCGGCGGUCGGAGCCCUCCUCGGGCGCUGCCCGGCCCCACCCCCGAAAGUCCACUGAGCCUCUCAAAACGUGCGGUCGUUCUCCCCGAAGACGGUGCUGUUUGCUCGGGAAAAGACAAACCAGCCGGGCAGACAGCCGUAUCUCCAACGGGGCUGAAACCUGAACUGUUCCCCCCCGCCCGCGCCGCUCCUGCCCCCGGGGUCGCACCCGCGGGUGGGUUUUCUCGCCCAGGAGCGUGAGGUAACAGACUGGAGAAGAUUUUUAUCUGCGAAAACAUCAUUCAAGAUGAAGCUAUAAGAAGCUGCAUCUGCUAGUGAUGAAGCAUUUGCCUUUUAAAAAGAGAAAACCUACUUCUUCCUAUCAAGUUUCUGUUUUUUUCCAGAGGGCUGAACUGGUCAUCUUUGCCUCAUAAAUCAUAGCUGCUUUCUCCCAGCAAGGAUUUAGUCACAAAGCGAGGAUACUGUAUGGAAAGCUGCAUUUUGGUUGUGUGUACAUUCAUUGAGCUGAGAUUUAACAGCACUUCCUGUACUGGAAUUUUUGUGACCACUGAGAUCCAAGAGAGCUUAAAAAGAUAAAAAUACAAAGGUGCCUAACAGGAGCCUACAAGGUAGACGCAGGACCCCACUGUGCUAGGCUGUGCACAAACGCUGAACAGAGGCAGUAGAUGAUUACAGAGGGAUGGUGACUAAAAGGUGCUUUUUCCACGUGAGUGCAAGAAGAGUAGCCAGUUAAAAGAAGUGACUGCUGUGGAGAACAGCAUGACCACCAUGAAAAGAAGCUGCCUCCUUGCACUGCUGUUGGCAGGACUUGGGGUAUUGGGAAUACUGGAUUCAACAACAACAGAAGAUACCCACUGCCACAGAGCUGAGCACCCAGUAAUUGCAUACAAAGAAAUUGCCCCUUGGUUACAUGUGUUCAGAGCAGAAGAUGCUGUGGACUUCUCACAGUUAACGUUUGACCCAGGACAAAAAGAGCUUAUUGCUGGAGCAAGAAACUACCUCUUCAGGUUGCAGCUUGAGGAUCUCUCUCUAAUACAGGCAGUGGAAUGGCAAUGUGAUGAAGCUACUAAAAGAGCCUGUUACAGUAAAGGCAAAUCAAAGGAGGAAUGCCAGAACUACAUUCGAGUGCUUCUUGUUGGAGGCAAGCAUCUCUUUACCUGUGGAACCAACGCGUUCACUCCUAUCUGCACCAAUCGGACGUUAAGUAACUUGACAGAGAUACAUGAUCAAAUCAGUGGCAUGGCUCGUUGUCCUUAUAGUCCCCAGCACAACUCCACUGCUCUUCUCACUUCCAGUGGGGAAUUGUAUGCUGCUACAGCCAUGGAUUUUCCAGGAAGGGACCCUGCCAUUUAUCGCAGUCUGGGGGCCCUUCCUCCUCUCCGCACUGCACAGUACAACUCCAAGUGGCUGAAUGAGCCAAAUUUUGUGUCAUCUUAUGACAUUGGGAACUUCACCUACUUCUUCUUCCGGGAGAACGCGGUAGAACAUGACUGUGGGAAAACAGUCUUCUCUCGUGCUGCUCGGGUGUGCAAAAAUGAUAUUGGUGGCAAGUUUGUUCUGGAGGACACCUGGACUACCUUCAUGAAAGCUCGGCUGAACUGCUCUCGCCCUGGAGAAAUUCCGUUUUACUAUAAUGAACUACAGAGCACAUUCUUCCUGCCAGAAUUGGACUUGAUCUAUGGGAUUUUUACUACUAAUGUGAACAGCAUAGCAGCCUCAGCAGUUUGUGUUUUCAAUCUGAGUGCCAUAACUCAGGCCUUCAAUGGACCCUUCAAAUACCAGGAAAACUCUCGCUCUGCUUGGCUUCCAUAUCCCAAUCCUAACCCUAAUUUUCAGUGUGGCACCAUGGACCAGGGUUUGUAUGUAAAUCUGACUGAAAGAAAUCUUCAAGAUGCUCAAAAAUUCUUCUUAAUGCAUGAGGUCGUUCAACCAGUGAUUCCAAUUCCUUACUUCAUGGAAGACAACAGCCGAUUUUCCCAUGUGGUUGUGGAUGUUGUGCAGGGCAAGGACAUGCUUUUCCAUAUCAUCUAUCUUGCCACAGACUAUGGCACAAUUAAGAAAGUACUCGCCCCAAUGAACCAGACUUCAAGCAGCUGCCUACUUGAGGAAAUUGAACUCUUGCCGAAAAGUCAGCGAGAGCCCAUCAGGAGCCUUCAGAUCCUGCACAGCCAGAGUGUCCUUUUUGUGGGCCUUCAGGAACAUGUCAUUAAGGUCCCCCUGAAGAGAUGUCCUUUUUACAAAACAUACAGUGCAUGCAUUGGAUCCCAAGACCCUUACUGUGGCUGGGACAUGGUGAUGAAGAAAUGCACAACACUGGAGGAAAGUCUGAGCAUGAGUCAAUGGGAGCAAAGCAUUACUGUGUGUCCAGUGAGGAAUCUGACAGUGGAUGGGCAUUUUGGAACCUGGUCGCAGUGGAAACCUUGCACCCACACCGACGGUGCCAGUGUUGGCUCCUGCCUCUGCAGGACACGUGUGUGUGACAGUCCUGCUCCUCAGUGUGGAGGCUGGCUGUGUGAAGGACCAACCAUGGAGAUUGCCAACUGUUCCAGAAAUGGAGGCUGGACACCAUGGACUUCUUGGUCACCUUGUAGUACCACUUGUGGGAUAGGCUUUCAAGUUCGUCAGCGUUCCUGCAGCAAUCCAACCCCUCGACAUGGAGGACGCGUCUGUGUGGGACAGAAUCGUGAGGAGAGGUACUGCAAUGAGCAUUUGUUGUGCCCCCCUCAUGUGUUUUGGACAGGCUGGGGUCCAUGGGAGCGCUGCACUGCGCAGUGCGGAGGAGGGAUCCAGGCGCGGCGUAGGACAUGUGAAAAUGGUCCUGACUGUCCCGGCUGCAGCGUGGAAUAUCAGCCUUGUAACACCAAUGCCUGUCCAGAGUUAAAAAAGACAACUCCUUGGACACCCUGGACCCCAGUCAAUAUUUCAGACAACGGUGGCCACUAUGAACAACGUUUCCGAUAUACCUGCAAAGCACGCUUGCCUGACCCAAAUUUGCUGGAGGUGGGAAGGCAAAGGAUUGAAAUGCGUUAUUGUUCCAGCGAUGGCACCAGUGGAUGCUCGACAGAUGGAUUGUCAGGGGAUUUCUUGCGUUCUGGACGAUAUUCUGCUCAUACCAUCAAUGGUGCCUGGUCACCCUGGUCUCCAUGGUCUCAGUGCAGUCGUGACUGCAGUAGAGGUAUACGGAAUCGCAAACGAGUCUGCAGCAAUCCUGAGCCCAAGUACGGGGGACUUCCUUGCCUUGGCCCAUCUCUAGAGUACCAGGAAUGCAACAUUUUGCCUUGUCCAGUGGAUGGAGGCUGGUCUUGUUGGUCAUCUUGGUCAAAGUGCUCGGCAACUUGUGGAGGAGGGCAUUACAUGAGAACCCGCUCCUGCACAAACCCAGCCCCAGCAUAUGGAGGAGAUAUCUGCCUUGGACUACACACUGAAGAAGCACUCUGCAACACACAGCCGUGUCCAGACAGCUGGUCCGAGUGGUCCGAGUGGUCCGACUGCGACUCGUCUGGCUUCCAGUUCCGUGUCCGUCAGUGCAUCAUUUUGUUUCCUGUGGGCAGUCAGUGCGCGGGCAACACCACGGAGACCCGAGCCUGUGCUUUGGACUCCAACGUUAUACCAGAAAUAUCAGUGGCACGAUCCAGCAGCAUAGAAGAAAAACGAUGUGGCGAGUUCAACAUGUUUCACAUGAUCACAGUGGGAUUAAGUAGCUCAAUACUUGGUUGCCUUCUUACCCUGCUUGUUUACACUUAUUGCCAACGUUAUCAGCAGCAGUCCCAUGACGCAACCGUCAUCCAUCCCGUGUCACCAGCUCCUCUAAAUACCAGCAUUACCAACCAUAUCAACAAACUGGACAAAUAUGAUUCUGUAGAAGCCAUCAAGGCAUUUAACAAAAACAACCUGAUUCUGGAGGAGAGAAACAAAUACUUCAAUCCACAUCUUACUGCAAAGACUUAUUCUAAUACGUAUUUUACAGAUUUCAAUAAUUACGAUGAGUACUAAUGGGCUUGUGUAUUUUCUGGCCUUCUGUAACUCCCCAGUCCCCACGGCCUGUGCUACUUGACUGCUCAUGUGAUUGAGGCUUCAGAGAUGAAGUUCAGAGACAUUUCAAGCACGAUCCAAGCCAUCAAUGUCCCAUUGCUGUCAAAAGCCCAAACCACCUGCUUGUGACAUGAUGUUUUCUUUGCAGAGUGCAAGGUUGGCCAAGGUUGUCGGGUGCAGCUAUAGCCCCUCGGUGUCGCUGGACCACUCAUGAGGAUUGCAUCGCUUCUCUCAGUUUCAUAAACUUCCAGUCAGAUAGAGUGACUAAGUCAUUCCUAAGCUUUACAGAAAAUAAUAAUGUUACCCCUUAAAGCUGCACCAGGAGUACAAAUCUAAUUUUCUUUUUAGGCAUUGCCUUUUAUUUCCAUGAGGUUUGAAAAAGGAGCUCAGCUGUUCCGCAGGCAGCCCUCUCUGCCGUCUCCUGAAGGUCGCACCACCGAAAAGAGCGCGCAGGGUGGUGGGAACAACAAGAAGAAGAAACGUGGUGGUUUAGGGACGCUGUGCGGCAGCUCUGGGCUCUGUAGGGCUGAUCUUCCCGGGCUGUAAGUCACUCCGGCUGCAGUUCAGCUGUUCAGAGUGCGGAGACUGAAGCUGUACACCGAGGGAUGCAUUCUUAUCAUUAACCCAGAAAGCUACAGGGUCAGUGGUUUCCAGUUGCGAGCCAAGCACAGUCACGUAAAGCCUUCACCUAGUCCAGUUUAAUUUUUUGGGAGGGUGUGGAAGGGCAUGUCCCACAGGGAAGCCGAGAGAGGGGGGCAGGCAGGAGAGACACACUGGAAGGUUUUUCUGCGUGUCGUUAGUAAACCAGCCUUGCAGCAGCGCGUGGGUUUGCACGAGCCAUGGCGUCCCACAGGCUUCCUCUCCCUGGUGCGCGCGUACGGGAACCCGCUCGUCUCUCCGCUGUAGCACUCGCCGUCAGGCUGGUCACGGAAAGAUACGACUGCGCCGCGCUUUGUGUGCCUUCUCAGGCUCCCGGGGGUGCGUAGGCAUAAUCAUAGAUCUGCUUUUCUCUUUCCAGCUUUUACUUUAUAUGCACGUGUCUGACAAACAACGCUGGCUCAGAAAACUCAGAUAUAUUUGCAAAGCGGUGUCUCAUCUUGCUGCCGUGUCUGACCCACGCUAGUCAGCCCCUAGAGGAACAUUCUUAUGGUGUUUUAAGUGAUUAUCUUGUUGGACUUCAUUGAUGUAAAUAUUUAAAUUAGUGUUUGAGUUUUAAGUUAUCGGUUUUAAUUCCUUUUGUAGUGGCAGGUGAGGAAACACAAAGGAUUUUUAUACCGUUUUUCUUUGUUCCGUCUGUCUUCACUCACGUUCAUGACAUUGUUAUUUUUGUAUCCGAAAUUCCAGAUGUAUAACUAAAAUGAAAAGGGCAGGGAUUUGGGCCAGAUUUUCUAGACUACUUACUACUAAGGCAGCAUUUGCUAUUCUCAGAAGCUUGUGAAAAGAAAGUAAAAGUGAAUAUUAAGGAUUAAAGAAUUGGGCUUUCAUUUUCUCGAGCAUGCUAGAUGCAAAGGUCAUCACACCAGAAUAUCAGGCAGGUAUGCAAGGAGAAGUAGAGUGGAAAUGUUUCCAUUCUGUGUUUAGAGCCCUUGAUCAUUAGGUUAUGCUAUGAUAGGCAAAUAAAGAAAAACAUGUACAGAUUAUAUUGAUUCAAAACUGUACAAAAAAAGCAAAAAGUACCAAGAAACAUUGAUCAUGUGAGAUUGCAUUUGAGCACCACUUUGGUGGCCUAGUCGCUUACUUAGCAGAGGUAAACACCCUAUUUAAUGACGGCGAUGAGCAACAUUUUUGAAUGGGGAUAGAUCUGAAUGUAGCACUGUGCUUCCGAUCUCUGUUCUGCAGUACAAUGAAAAAAUGCAAAGCAAGUGGUCUUUGAAAAUCUCUGCAGCAAAAUGAACACACAUUUACCAUCUAUGAAAA